CCCCAGGCGCACAUUACGCAGGCGGCAGAAUCGUCCGGAAGAAGACCGGCUGGAGUCUGCAGGAGGUCCUCCCUCCCACUGCAGGACCAAGAUUCCACCAAAAACAAGCGCAAGCAGAGGGCGCAGGAAGAUCCGCGUUGCAGCCCUCAAGUGAUCUCGGGGAUCCUCGAAGAACAAGAAAGGAAGCCCGGUCUAGGGUUUCAUCUCAUCGUAUUGCUCUCCUCGCGCACCUCUCUCUGUUCGUGCUUCAACUGGUCUUGUCCUUUCUCCUGGAGCGGCAGCGAUCGAUGGCCGGGCUGAAUCGUUCAUCGAGCAAUCCCAUGAGGAAUCUUCUUCCCCCGCAGGAGCUCCUCGACGAUCUUUGCAGUCGGUUUGUGCUGAACGUUCCCAAAGAAGAUCUGGAGUCAUUCGAGAGGAUCUUGUUUCUCUUGGAGCAAGCUCAUUGGUUCUACGAGGACAAUGCAGUCGAACAGAAUCCAUCACUCAAGUCUCUCUCUUUCAAAGAAUUCACAUCCCUGAUGUUUAAUAGUUGUGCUGCUCUGAGACCAUAUAUAGCACAUAUUGAUGACAUAUACAAGGACUUCACUUCUUACAAGUUUCGAGUUCCAGUAACGGGGGCCAUCAUUUUGGAUGAGACUUAUGAAAGGUGUUUACUUGUAAAAGGCUGGAAGGCAGGAGCAAGCUGGAGUUUUCCUCGUGGUAAAAAGAGCAAAGAUGAAGAAGACCACACAUGUGCUGUUCGAGAAGUCCUGGAGGAAACAGGUUUUGAUGUUUCAAAUCUUUUGAAAAUGGAUGAUUAUAUUGAGGUUGUAAUUGGACAGCAAAGGGUUCGACUUUACAUAAUAACAGGGGUGAAGGAGGAUACUGUAUUUGCACCUCUAACUAAAAAGGAGAUUAGUGAAAUCUCAUGGCACCGGCUGGAUGAACUUCAACCAGCUGGUGAUGAUGCAAUAUCACGAGGAGUGAAUGGCUUGAAGCUUUACAUGGUUGCUCCUUUCUUAACAGCUCUGAAAACCUGGAUUGCAUCACAUCCUCCUCCCGCAUCUCAGAAAUCAGAUGCAUCUGCUAGAGGCACAUGCGUGUGGAAAGCGAAGAACAAUUCCGGAGGUCCAAUGACUACUGAGAACCCAUUGGUCAGAGUGGGAUCUGAAUCUUAUAAUGCUGACAAUGCCCCUGGUAAAAGCUUCAGAAACUUCAGGUUUGAUACUGAUAGCAUCAUACAGUCUAUAAAAGCAGCUUUCUCUGCCAAUUAAGAUGUAUAUAUAUGACUGUUAAGCUAUACCGCAUGUGUAUGGUGUAGUCAUUUUUGUAUUACUGCAUGGGGCAUUCUGAGUUUUGAGUAAAAAUAGUUGUGUUAUUCAAGCACGGCUGCAUGAAUUUGAAGGAGUGGAAUUGCUGAGCCUUUAGAACAAUAUAAGGUUGUGGUUUGCGGUA